AUGGAUAUUUUAUUUAAGUUUCGUUAUUUUAUUACAGACUUGCAUAAUCAAUUAGUGAAUCAAUAUCCAAAAUUUUUACGAUCAUUGCCGUGGAAAACAAAACAAGUGACUGCUUAUCGUGGUCAAGGAAUGAAAGUCGAAGAGUUACAAAAUUUCAAAGAAAAUAUUGGUCAACUCCUGUCAAUGAAUUCAUUUUUCUCGACAAGUUUAAGUGAAGAAACUGCACUCAAAUUUGCACUUGAUGCUUUGGGAAAAUCAGAUCUAGUUGGUGUUCUAUUUCAUAUUCAAAUAGAUAUAACUGUAAAAUAUGCAAAACCGUUUGCUAAUAUUGGACAAUUAAGUUAUUAUAGACAUGAAAAGGAAGUGUUAUUCACAAUGGGUAGUAUAUUUCGUAUUGAUUCAGUUGAAAAGACACAACAAAUUGAUGACAAUUCAAUCUGGAUAAUUAAUCUAACAUUAAAUAAUGAUGAUAAUAAAGAAUUGAAACAUCUAAAUGAGUAUUUAAGAUGA